CCUGCUCCUCUGUGUAUUUUUUUAUUUUUGGGGGGUGUCUUGUUAAUCUCCGCGUAGCAGCCGGGGAAAGGGAGUAAAUGGAAUUGACGCUCUGAGAUCGGAGUACUGCAGCCCCCCGGACAAGUGAGAGGAGAAGGAGGGGGGCAACCAAACACCCCCCCCUCCCAAAGUGAAGCCAGGAGAAGGGGGAGAGAAGAAGCAGAGGAAGAGGAAAAAAGGAGAGAAACUGGGACUCCAAGGCAGGGAGCCGGCGACUUCUGGGGAACAACUUGUUGCAAACAGAUUUGCCAAGUGAGGAAUCCGCCUCUCACUCCCCGCCGGGACUGGAGGAAGCAAACGCACCGUGCCUCGCUCCUCGUCCCCACAGCCGGGCGCCGGGGUCCACGCUCGCCGCCGAGGGGAGAUGCUAUUUGGACCAUGUAACAUCGCUACCAGGAGUUGAGGCCGCCCUUUAACAUAACCAUGAAGCUGGCCGAGCGACUCGUGUGCUGGGUCAGCUGCCUGGUGAUCUCCGGGACCCUCCAGCCCGGCGCGGCGCAGGCAGUGUGCGCUGGUACUGAGAACAAGCUGAGUUCUCUGUCUGAUCUUGAGCAGCAGUAUCGUGCAUUGCGCAAGUACUAUGAGAACUGUGAGGUAGUCAUGGGCAACCUGGAAAUCACCAACAUUGAACACAACCGUGAUCUUUCCUUCCUCCGGUCUAUCCGAGAAGUCACGGGAUAUGUCCUGGUAGCUUUGAAUCAGUUUGAGUACCUCCCGUUAGAGAACCUACGCAUCAUUCGUGGGACAAAACUCUACGAGGACCGAAAUGCCUUGGAGAUAUUUCUUAACUACAAAAAGGAUGGUAAUUUUGGACUCAGGGAACUUGGCCUGAAGAACCUGACUGAAAUACUGAAUGGAGGGGUAUACGUUGGCCAGAACAAGUUUCUUUGCUACGCCGACACCAUUCAUUGGCAGGAUAUCGUGCGUAACCCACGGGCUUCCAACUUCACUUUGGUUCCAACAAAUGGCAGCUCAGGAUGUGGACGAUGCCACAAGUCCUGCACAGGCCGAUGUUGGGGACCCACAGAAAACCACUGCCAGAGCUUGACAAAGACAGUGUGCGCAGAGCAAUGUGAUGGACGUUGCUACGGGCCGUACGUCAGUGACUGCUGCCAUCGGGAAUGCGCUGGAGGCUGUUCCGGACCUAAAGACACUGAUUGCUUUGCCUGCAUGAAUUUCAACGACAGCGGAGCGUGUGUCACUCAGUGCCCCCAGACUUUUGUCUACAAUCCCACCACCUUCCAGUUGGAGCACAACCACAAUGCCAAAUACACCUAUGGAGCUUUUUGUGUCAAGAAGUGCCCACAUAACUUUGUGGUAGAUUCCAGCUCUUGUGUCCGUGCCUGUCCCAGCUCCAAGAUGGAGGUUGAAGAAAAUGGUAUAAAGAUGUGCAAACCCUGCACUGACAUUUGUCCUAAAGCAUGUGAUGGCAUCGGCACAGGAAGUUUGACGUCCGCUCAAACCGUUGACUCCAGCAACAUUGACAAGUUCAUAAACUGUACCAAGAUCAAUGGGAACCUGAUCUUUCUUGUCACUGGGAUUCAUGGGGACCCCUAUCACACAAUUGCAGCAAUGGACCCAGAGAAAUUAAAUACUUUCCAAACAGUCAGAGAGAUAACAGGUUUCUUGAAUAUUCAGUCAUGGCCGCAAAACAUGACAGAUUUCCGUGUGUUUUCUAACUUGGUUACUAUAGGUGGAAGAGCCCUAUAUAGUGGCCUUUCCUUACUCAUCCUGAAGCAACAGGCAAUUACCGCUCUACAGUUCCAGUCGCUGAAGCAGAUCAGUGCUGGCAACAUCUACAUAACUGACAAUACCAACCUGUGCUACUAUCACACCAUCAACUGGACCAGCCUCUUCAGCACGCCCAACCAAAAGACAGUGAUCCACCACAACAGAAACCCUGAGAACUGCACUGCAGAGGGAAAGGUGUGUAACAACUUGUGCUCAAGUGACGGCUGUUGGGGGCCAGGGCCAGACCAGUGUCUGUCCUGCAAACGCUUCAGCAGAGGAAGGACCUGUAUAGAGUCUUGUAACCUUUAUGAUGGGGAAUUUCGAGAGUUUGCGAAUGGUUCUGUGUGUGUGGAGUGUGAUCCCCAGUGUGAGAAGAUGGAAGAUAACAUGAUCACAUGCUAUGGGCCGGGACCAGACCACUGCACCAAGUGUUUCCAUUUUAAGGAUGGCCCCAACUGUGUGGAAAAGUGCCCCGAUGGCUUGCAGGGGGCAAACAGCUUCAUUUUCAAAUACGCCGAUGAGGACCGUGAGUGUCACCCUUGUCAUCCAAACUGCACUCAAGGGUGCAUAGGCCCCCGUAUUGAGGACUGCAUCGGCCUGAUGGAUAGGUGUAGAGGUCCCACUAGUCAUGACUGCAUUUACUAUCCAUGGACGCGCCAGUCCACCUUACCACAGCAUGCUAGAACCCCCCUGAUUGCUGCAGGCGUGAUUGGUGGACUCUUUAUCAUCAUCAUUGUGGGCUUGACGUUUGCCGUUUAUGUUCGGCGGAAAAGCAUAAAAAAGAAGAGGGCCUUGCGGAGGUUCCUGGAGACGGAGCUGGUGGAGCCCUUGACCCCAAGUGGCACAGCACCCAACCAAGCACAGCUUCGUAUCCUGAAGGAAACUGAGCUAAAGCGAGUCAAAGUCCUUGGCUCUGGGGCCUUUGGAACCGUGUAUAAGGGUAUUUGGGUUCCCGAAGGAGAAACAGUAAAGAUUCCUGUGGCUAUUAAAAUCCUUAAUGAGACGACUGGUCCCAAGGCAAAUGUGGAGUUCAUGGAUGAAGCACUUAUCAUGGCAAGCAUGGAUCAUCCACACCUGGUGCGAUUACUGGGCGUCUGCUUGAGCCCUACUAUUCAGCUCGUCACUCAGCUGAUGCCCCAUGGCUGCUUGUUGGACUAUGUUCACGAACACAAGGAUAACAUUGGCUCGCAGCUCCUGCUGAACUGGUGUGUCCAGAUAGCCAAGGGAAUGAUGUACCUGGAAGAGAGGAGACUGGUUCACCGGGACUUGGCAGCCCGGAAUGUCUUGGUAAAAUCACCAAACCAUGUGAAGAUCACUGACUUUGGCCUGGCCAGGCUCCUGGAAGGCGAUGAGAAAGAGUACAACGCUGAUGGAGGGAAGAUGCCAAUUAAGUGGAUGGCUCUGGAAUGUAUACACUACAGGAAAUUCACCCAUCAGAGCGAUGUUUGGAGCUAUGGUGUCACUAUCUGGGAGCUUAUGACCUUUGGCGGAAAACCCUAUGAUGGAAUCCCGACACGAGAAAUUCCUGACCUGUUAGAGAAAGGGGAACGGUUGCCCCAGCCUCCUAUCUGCACCAUUGAUGUGUACAUGGUGAUGGUGAAAUGCUGGAUGAUUGAUGCUGACAGUCGGCCUAAAUUCAAGGAAUUGGCUGCUGAAUUUUCUAGAAUGGCUCGAGACCCUCAAAGAUACCUUGUCAUUCAGGGUGACGACCGUAUGAAGCUCCCGAGUCCAAACGACAGCAAAUUCUUCCAAAAUCUGCUGGAUGAGGAAGACCUGGAAGAUAUGAUGGAUGCUGAGGAAUAUUUAGUUCCUCAGGCCUUUAACAUCCCUCCUCCUAUCUAUACCUCCAGGGCUAGAAUUGACUCCAACAGGCCCCUGUAUUGGAAAGCCAACAUCAUAAAGCAGUUUUUUAUGCCUAAUACCCAGAAAGCGAACCUAGAUUACCUGAACCCAGUAGAGGAGAACCCAUUUGUCUCCCGACGAAAGAACGGUGAUCUUCAAGCUCUGGACAACCCUGAGUAUCACAGUGCCCCGAACGGGCAGCCCAAAGCAGAGGACGAGUAUGUGAACGAGCCGUUGUACCUCAGCACCUUUGCUAAUACCAUGGAAAACGCGGAGUACCUGAAGAACAAUGGGCUUCCUUUGCCAGAGAAAUCCAAGAAGGCCUUCAACAACCCGGAUUACUGGAAUCACAGUCUGCCACCACGAAGCACCCUCCAGCACCCGGACUACCUGCAGGAGUACAGCACAAAAUAUUUUUACAAACAAAAUGGACGGAUCCGGCCCAUCGUGGCAGAGAACCCUGAAUACCUCUCUGAGUUCUCCCUGAAGCCUGGCACUGUGCUGCCUCCGCCACCCUACAGACAUCGAAACACGGUGGUGUAGUGACAUCAGUAUUACACAAGUAGAGAGGCAACCCCUUCUAGCCGCCAGUCUCUCUUUCUUUCUUUCUUUCUUUCUCUCUCUCCCUCUCUGUCUCCCGUGAGCUUCCUCUUUUUGCCAGUUCACUCACUUUGAUAUUUCCAAGUAGAAGGACACCUUUGAGUCAUUUGCUGAUCAGGUUAGGAACCUGGAAGGAAAGAAAGAAAGACUAAAUGAAGGAAUGAAAGAAGGCCAAAAGCUAGCAUUUCUCACCUUUCACAGACCCUGAGGGUCAGAAGGUCAGACGAACCAGUGAAUACCAGUAAAGGCCAGUGGCAUGUUGGCUGCUGUCAAGUUAGUUCUCAGUGAUUCAACUCAGAUGCUGUAGGGGAAGUCACACAGUGUCUGUUUCUAUCAGCAGGAACUGAGGAAAGCCUAUUCAGCAUUCCUGGAAAUCGCAAUGCAGUUUCCAUUAAGGGGGGAAAAAGGACAAUUUUUAUAUCACAUGUGAUAGCAGAAUGAUUGAGAUUGGAGAAGCCAGUUUCUUUCUCUAACACUUUCUAUCCUGGCAACUGAAAACAGCUAACCCAACUUUUCAUAAUCAAAUUGGAGAAGCCAGUUCUUUCUCUAACACUUUCUAUCCUGGCAACUGAAAACAGCUAACCCAACUUUUCAUAACCAUUCAGUUCUUCAUCACAGCCAUCAAAGAAAUAACUAAUAAAUUAAAAAAGGAGGAGACUUUGUCUCUGGCCAGUCCCCUCUUCUUAGCCACUCCCACAGUUUAAUCCCAUUUCCUAACAGCAAAGACUUUCACUCAACGCUCCUGUGCAUGACAGUGCAAUUUUUUGGUAUGUGUCGCCAUGACGACAAGUAUUUUCAACACAAGAAUCCCGUCAGGAAAGAAAGAAAACACAAAAAGCUGAUAUCCUCCAUUGAAGCGAAAAGAGAGGCACAGAGCCUCACCUUCAUGAUUUAUACCUACUUAAUACAAACAAAGUACCCAUACAACUUCUCCUCUCUUUCUUUUUGCUCAUCGAUUAAAGUAGUUGGGGAUGCAGUAGGCAACACUGAGGACAAGACAGAAGGAGGAGAGUUUAAUAGGUUCAGGAAACCUGGUGGUGGUCUUAGGGAUGGCCCACUAAGGAGUUCUUUAAACUGGAAGAAAGACACUGGAGUGGAUAAAACGCACAUAGCAGUUCACUGGAAAGUUAGUUUGCACUUAAGCUAUGAUUUUAUUUGUCCUCGCUCUGGACUGUUUUCUGGAUUUUGAAUGAAGCAAUAUGGAAGCGACCAGCAAAAUAAAAUAAUUUUAAAUUAAAAAGUGAAAUUAUAUAUAAAGGACGACUGUGGAAAUGCCAAAAUGAAGCAAGUCACGUCUUUGGAACAGUAUCCGCUGGUUCUGAAAGGCCAGUAUAUUGACUACUUCAGAGAAUACAGUGAAGGAGUAACCAGUUCAAAUGCUGCUGCACGAAGGAAAAGCAGAGCAAACAGUGAAGGGGAUUUGGGGAGAAGAAUGGCCAGGUCUGGCUUGGGGCCCAGCAAGGACUAUAGUUUUCUAAAAGGAGGAUUUCUCCAUCACAUAAGCUGGUACAUACAAGGUUUUUAAAGUCAAUAUGUGCAUGACACACACAGCUUUCAGUCAAAAAUGUAACUAAUGAGUCAAUCUCCAUGCACUUAUUUCCCUUUUGUCAACUUCAGCUUUCACAGGACCUUUGGUUUAUCCCCCCAUGGCUAAAAAUAGUUCCAGCCAGAGUUUUUGAAUCAUUUUAGCAUCAAAAUGGAACACCACAUGAAGUGGAAGAGAAGAAUGGGGAUGGUGUCUUGCUUUUGAUGCACUGCGUUUCUAGUUGUUUAGGCUUUUAAAGAAAAGAUAUCUAUCUAAUUAGACUCAAAUUCUAGGAGGGACAACAAUAUUCCAAUGUAUGCACUUUAGUACUAUUGAAAUGAAGGCCCUUUGGAUGAUGGAACCCAGCAACAGGGGUGAACAGCCUGGAAGCAAUGCAUAUUUUCUCUUAAAUCCUAACAUUUUAAUGGACAGCCACCAUGAGCUUUGGCGAGCUCCCUGCCAUAACCCUGUCAGGGAGAUCUGACCCCUCAAAUUGAAAGAGGCAGACUGGAGAGUAAGCCCCGACCCUCACCCUCAGUCUGCCAUUUUAAGUUAAUUUUAGGAGUGGAUGUCAGUCCGUGUUAUACAAGCAGCCAGUGAUUGCUUCAUGAGGUGACAUUACAUAAUUGCCUGACCCCUCCCCUCCCUAUUCCCAGGGCCGCCAUGCAAUAAUUACU